AUGCCGACGGACUCCGCGCCGCCGAGCGCAGCAGCGUCACUGUCUGAAGACGACCGCCUGCUCGUCGCCCACUGCGCCGCGCUCACCUUCCCCUCCAGCUCCCCCACCACCGCCGCCGCCGCCGCCGCCUCCUCCCCCUCCGCUUCCUUCCAGGUGCACCAUGCGUCCCACCCCUACCCCUGCGCCGCCUUCGCCUUCCCGCCCUCCUGGUCCGCCGCCGACUGGAUGGGAGGCGACGGCGGCCGCCCGCCGUUCGGGGACGCCGAGGUGGACCCGGCCCUGUUCCCGUCACUCCGUGCUGUCGGGAGCGGCAUCCCCGCGCGCACCAACGCCGCCUUCCUCGCGGCCUUCCGCCGGCUGCUCGACGGAUCGACGCUCCAGUCCGAGGUGUCAAGAGCUGUGGCGGAGGAGAAACGUGUAGUAUUCACAGGCCAUUCAUCAGGAGGUUCAAUAGCCACCCUUGCUGCUAUAUGGUUUCUUGAGAAGUGCACCAGACGAGGAAGUGUUAAUCAAGCACACCCAUUUUGUGUGACCUUUGGGGCUCCUCUUAUUGGAGACAAUAUCUUCAACCAUGCUGUUAAAAGAGAGGGCUGGUCACAGUGUAUUUUGCAUUUCCUUCUUCCACUGGACAUUGUCCCACGCAUACCACUGACUCCGCUUGCGUCCUUCAGAGAAGAAAUUCAAGCUGUUCUGGAUUGGUUCUCUCCUCAGACGCCAAACAACUCCCCUGCUGGGAGGUCUCUUGUCAUACCUGGAUAUUAUGAAACUUUAUUGAGAAGCACACUAUCUAUUGCCAGCUAUGAAGCCUGUUCUUUCAUGGGAUGUACCAGCUCCAUCCUAGGGACAUUGACUUCCUUCAUUGACCUCUCCCCUUACAGACCCUGUGGAACUUAUCAUUUCUUGACAAGCAGUGAGCAAUUGAUUGUUCUCACAAAUUCAGAUGCUGUACUGCAGUUGUUAUUUUACUGCCUUCAGUUGGAUCCCCAACAACAACUGCUUGAUGCUGCUGCUAGAAGCUUAAGUGCUCACUGGCAGUAUGAACCAAUUAAAGAGUGCAUGCAGGAUAUAAUCUGUGUGGAUUACCUGGGAACAAUCUCAUCAACUGUUCCUGGUAGGCAGACAGAUAGAGUGGCCAUUGGAAGCAUUGAAUUAAGCAGGGAAGCUAUACUGCACCUUUCUGCAGCUGCGCAAUGGGAGAAGCAAAGACAGAGAAACCAAACAAAAAUAGAUGAAAGCUGCCAAAAGAUUCAGGAAGCCCUCGGGUCCCUAAACGAGUACAAAAGAUCAAGGGAACUCCGUGGUGUUAGCUACUACGAUUCCUUCAAGCUCCAACGUGAGGUGCAUGACUUCGAUGCAAACGUGCGGAGGCUGGAGCUAGCUGGCCUCUGGGACGAGAUAGUGGAGAUGUUGCGGAGGCGUGAACUGCCGGACGGCUUCGAGGCUCGUGAGGAGUGGGUGAGCCUGGGGACCUUGUUCCGUCGCCUGGUCGAGCCGCUGGACAUCGCCAACUACUACCGGCACUCCAAGAAUGAGGACACCGGCUCCUACCUCUCCAAGGGGCGGCCGAGGCGGUACAAGUACACGCAAAAAUGGCAUGAGCAGCUGCAGCGCGCUCCCGUUGGGUCCAGCCUCGAGUCCUGCUUCUGGGCGGUGGUCGAGGAGCUCCAGGCCGAGAUGGCUGACGGCAGGGCGUUCGAGGACCUGAGAGACCGGGUGGUUAAACUUGAGAACGAUGCACAUGGCUGGUAUAACUCUGGAAGUUUGGGCAAGGACGUGUUUCUGGGGAGCUCGUCUUUCGUGGCGUGGUGGAGGACGCUCCCGGAGCAGCAUAGGUCGGCGUCAAGCAUUGCGAAACUUGUAUCUCUGUAA